UUCCUUCUAUUUCUCACAUUAUAAAUUUAUUAGAUUUCCCUUUAAUGUAUCCUAAAACAAACCCAAAAAAGAGGCAUUAGGACCCUGGAGCUGAGGAUUACGGAGAGAGUAAGUGCUGGCAGAGACAGAUGAAUGAGCCAAACACAAGACAAACAAAAGAAGGGACACAGGAACUCACUGAGGUAGAGAGACAGAGAGAGAUGGUCUGAUAACUGAACAGGAGGCUGAAGAGAGACAAAGUGACAGGUCAAGAUUCAGCGACAGAUAUCAGGAGGAGUGCACAAACUAGAAGAGGAGGAGGAGUCUGGUCUGAGAGGAAGCUAAAAAGAGUGGAGCGCGAAAAGGAGCCCUUCAAAACACAGAGAUCCUUCCUGAGUGGGCCACUGACAUAGAUGUGGAAUAAACUGGAGCCUGGCAAAAAGGACCUCAGCUGGCAAAAUAAUUUUCAUCACUGAAGGAAUUACUGAAAAUAUAAAUGCACAGAACUGUGCAAAGGCACCAAGGAGAGCAGAGGACAAUUAAACAUUAUUAAAACAAAAAGAAGACGUGGAGAUACCACCCACAGAGAGAGACUGAGUAUACCACACACAGGGUUUAUUACAGGUAAUCACACCGCAGCUGAGCAACGAACGCUAACCAUCAACAAAUACACACACACACACACACACACACACACACACACACACACAUUCAUUUAAGGAAUACACACCUACACAUAGUGAGUGAUUAUAACACAUAGGCUGAACAUCCAUAACUCAAGCUUAGAGAGUUUAGACUAUAGUCAGGAAGCAUAGAGAAGCUUGGCUGUCAAAGACAGAUUGACUGUGAAUGGAUAGAAGCAUGGUGAGGCCCUGCGGACAACUAUCAUGGCACUUUGAACACUCUGUCCACCAAAAUAUGAACUGAUCUAAGAACAGAUUUUCUUCUCCAUGACAAAAACCCGGAAUUAAAAUAGAACAUUAGCAGAUCACAGACCAAAUCAUCUUUCCAAGUCGAGAUCCACCAUUACCUAGAAAACUCUUGAAGAACUUUGAAGAACCAGCACUCUGAUUUCUCACCUCCACUCUUGGAUAUCCUUCUGUCCUAAGGACCAAUUCCAUUGUGUUACCCACAGGACAUCUGGUCACCUCUCUUUGUUGGAAUGGAAGUUGUGCACUGAGCUGCUAAGAAGGAGUUGAGCGAGUUAGAAGUUCACCUACACUGCACCGACACUGCAGCAUGAAGCUCAGGCAUGGGGCAAGAGGGGCACUACUGGCCUUGCUGCUGAGUUUACUGCUGUCUACCUGCACCACACAAGAGAGUGAGGAGAGUCUGGAGCUCCAAGAGGAAAACAAUACAGUCAGCACUGAGAGCCCUGAUACUGUAUCAUCCGACAUAACCAUCGUGAGCCCCCACAGGACAUGGAUAGUCUUUAGGGACAACUCCAACAAGGGUGGAAAUAAGAAACCAAGAGGAAAUAAAAGAGUCUCCAAGCAUGGCCUUCCAGGUCCACCAGGCCCUCCUGGUCCCCAGGGGCCUCCUGGUCCUCCAGGCCCCCUACUGCCCCAUCAUGCAGAGUUGAUACAGGACUUCCAAGUCAAACUAAAAGAGAUGGUAGGAACUCACUGUCUGCUCUGCGAUCAACCCCCUCGUGUGGCCACAGCUUUCCGUUGCCGACUGCACCACAACCUGUUGGUCCACCGUCGCAGUCUGCAGGAGCUCCAGCCCUUCAACACCCCCUCAAACACAGAGCAGUUCCAUCAGAGAGGACAGGGCUUUAACGCCAGCAGUGGCCGGUACACAGCUCCAGUGUCUGGGUUCUACCAACUCACAGCUAGUCUGCUAUUGGAAUCCAAUGAGUCUCAGAAGAAGCCUCAUGCCAGGCAAAGAGACAGUGUCAAAGCCUCUAUAUGCAUAGAGUCUCUUUGUCAGAGUAAUGUGUCUUUGGAGACAGUGACUGGAGUGAGCACUACAGGGGGAGUAUUCAGUAUACUCCUGACUGGGACUCUUUACCUGCAGGCUGGAGAGUAUGUAUCUAUUCUUAUUGACAAUGGGACAGGCUCCGCCCUCACAAUUCUCCAAGACAGUCUGUUUUCUGGAAUUCUUAUUGGAGUAUGAGGACACAAAACACAAACCAAUGACUACAAAAAAGCCCUUUUUCACAGUGUCAACAAAAUACAAAUCUUUAUUAGGUAAGGCAUUCAGGACGUAUUAGAAUAAUAAUUUUAUAAGAGGGAGGAAUCUUUUCAAGCAUCUAAAAGAGACUCUACAUAUUACAAUUGUUGCAAAGGGCAGCAGGAUUGCAUUGCUAUUUCUUUCCAAAUUAAUAGCAACAUUUAAACUCUGUUCAUUGAGGUGUAUGUAUUUUUUCAUGUGGUAUGUUUAUGCAUUCUAUUCUUAACAGGGCUGAAGUUUUAUUUAUUUGCAUUUGCUUUUUGAAGAGAUAUUGAUAUUUGUGUAUAUUUGCAAUAAAAAA